AAUAAAGUGUUUAGAAAUCUGAUGGCACAUAAACAUUGAAUGCCUUCCAUUCGUUUCCAGUUCCCAUCGCUGCGCAACAAAAUCCACGAUUUCUAAACGUUUUCGUUUCACGCAAAUUCACACAUAAACAUGAAUUCUGUUGGAUUUAAUUAAUCAGUCCAUCCUACGGUAGAACUCAUCUAUGGUAUCGGUUUUCCCUUUGACCUUUCACAGUACAAAGUUCAGUUUACGGAUGAAAUCCUCCCUUGAAAACGGCCGAAUCAACACCUAUAGCUAUUUGCUUUCAAAGGUCAAAGUUCACCUGGAUGCCCCAUUAAGAAGGAUUAACACAACGUUUUUUAUUCUUCUUAACCUCAUAUAAAUCAAUCGGUAAGUUAAAGGAAAGAGUCAUUUGCAAUGUUCUUCAAGUCAAAGAAACAAACAAAAAUAAGAGAACAAGAGGUGUGUUAUUUACACCAUCAAGCUAUAUUUGUAAGUUCGCAAGAUUUAAUGCUUAUGUAAUCUGGUUAAAAGUUAAGCUUCCUGAACAACAACUGUAGUUCUCAAGUAGAACUAAAUUUAGAAAUCCUAGAAAAUCAAUUCUUCUAGAUUAUCCUAUUUUGUAUAAAUUGUUAUAAGGUGUUUUUUGCAUUGAUUUCUUAAAAAAAAAAAAAAAUCGUGCCAUUUAAUUUUAUUAAUUAUUUACUCCUUGGAACAUUUGAAAAGCACGACAAUCGAGAAAACCGUAUAAAAUGGAGAUGCGUCGUAAAGUCACUGAACGGCGAGAAAGGAAAUUCUAAAAAUAAAUAGAAAAAGAAAGAAUCGUUUACUAAUUUACUACACCGAAAACAGAUCCUCUUCAGCUAAUAAGCUUCCUUUCAAACAGCGACCAAUUAUAAGGCACCAAUUAAAAACUAACGUUUGACCUUAGGUCUGAGUAUAAUUAUCUACUCCAGAGUGUGCUAGUGCUUAUAUAUAUAAGAAAAGCAUUCCUUUCCAAAAUGAAUCAUUUAAUUUGAACAAUCCGUUUUAAACAACUGAAAUCGAAGUACGGUCUUCACCAAUAAAAAAGGACAUGGAUUCAAAAGAAUUUCGGGAGUUUGGCAAGGCGACAGUGGACUUUAUUGCAGAUUACAUUGAAAAUAUCAGAGAAAGAUCAGCACUUCCAAAUGUAGAAAAAGGAUAUCUUCAUAAAUUACUUCCCGGUGAGGUCCCUAAAGAUGGCCAGAACUGGAAGGAUGUUCUGGCUGAUGUCGAAAAUACUAUAUUACCUGGACUUACACACUGGCAAUCACCAAAGUUCAAUGCCUACUUUCCGACUGCUAGCUCUUAUCCGAGCAUUGUCGGUGAGAUGCUCAGUGCGGCGUUCGGUUGUAUGGGAUUCAGUUGGAUUGCAAGCCCAGCAUGUACAGAGUUGGAGGUUUUAACUUUAAAUUGGUUAGGACAACUCAUCGGAUUACCCUCUGAAUUUUUAAGCAGUUCUGGUGGACCUGGUGGAGGUGUUAUACAGGGCUCAGCCAGUGAAGCGACACUAGUCGCCAUUUUGGUAUCCAAAGAGAAAGUUCUAAAAGAAAUUAAGGCCCAAAACCCUGAUAUCGAUGAAGAUGUGUUACAAGGAAAACUAGUCGCUUAUAGCUCUGAUGAGUCAAAUUCUUCAGUGGAAAAGGCUGGGAAGUUAGCAUCAGUCAAACUCAGGCUUUUAAAGACAGACAGGGAAGGAAGAUUAAGAGGAAGUGUUUUGCUAGAAGCAAUCAAAAAAGAUAAAUCUGCUGGUCUUAUUCCUUUUUGCGUCAUUACAACAUUGGGAACGACAGGGACUUGUGCAAUCGAUCCGCUCAAUGAAAUCGGGCCAAUAUGCCACAAAGAAAACAUUUGGCUUCAUAUAGACGCUGCUUAUGCUGGCGCUGCUGCAAUUUGCCCUGAAUAUCGCUACAUAAUGGAUGGUGUGAGAUAUGGGGACAGUUUUGAUAUAAAUGCUCAUAAAUGGCUCCUCGUCAAUUUUGACUGUUCAGUGAUGUGGUUAAAAAAUACCAAGUACUUAAUCGAAGCUUUUAAUGUCGACAGACUCUACCUUAAGCAUGAAAGCCAUCAAGAAAAUAAGAAUGCUCCAGAUUUCAGGCAUUGGCAAAUCCCAUUGGGCAGAAGAUUUAGAUCUUUGAAACUCUGGAUGACUUUAAGGAUAUAUGGAGUCAACGGUCUUCAGAAACAUAUUAGAAAUCACUGUCAAUUAGCGAAGUAUUUUGAGACUUUGGUCAAAAAUGAUCACAGGUUUGAACUUGUGAUUCCAGCUACAUUUGGACUUGUAGGAUUCCGAAUUAAGGGUGACAAUGGUUUGAGCCAAAAACUUCUUGAGAAGUUAACAUCAUCAAAACAGCUCUAUUUAGUUGCAACCAAUGUCAACGAUAAAUUUGUACUUCGUUACGUAAUAUGCAGCAGGCUAAUGGAUCAAAACGAUGUCAACUUCGCCUGGGAACAGAUUACUGGCAAAACGUCAGAACUUAUCCAUGAAAGAUACACAAUGAAUAGUAAACAAAUGAGUGUAUGUCCAAAGAAAGAGUUUGCUUGUGAAAACAACAAUGUCCGUAUUGUAAAUUAAAAUUUAUUAACAAAAAAGUUUUUACAAUUUUGAUGCAUAUACAAUGCAAAAUAAGGAAAAAACGAUGAAACAGUUUGUUUUCAACUAUAAAUAAAAAUACAUUAAUAAUAAAAAUUAACAAAAAAAAUAUUUUACAAACUUUGCUUUAAAUAUAUUCUUCGUAACUGGAACAUCUGCAGAAAUAAUUAACACGGUAAAUCCAGUAGAAAAUAAAUGCUCAGAACAAACAAUCUGUUUACAAAAAGCAAUUAUAGCUAUAUUGUUAAUUAAAAUUUAUUUAUUAAUUAACAAAAAAUGUAUUUACAAUUUUGAUGUUUAAAA